AUGUCUUAUGCUUCAAGUGCAAUGGGUGGCUGUUAUAAGAAUUUUGGUUUUGUUGAAGUUGUCAGGCCUUUCGGGCGUAAGGUUGUCGUGCUGGGAGGGGACUUCAGGCAAAUUCUUCCGGUUAUUUCAAAGGGAAGCAGGGCUGAUAUUGUGGGGUCGACCGUCACUUCGUCCUACUUAUGGAAAUAUUGCAAGGUGGGCGACGGAACGAUUGACACCAUCGACGAGGAUGAGACCACGAUUGAGAUUCCGUCAGAUUUGUUGAUCGGACAGGGCCCUGAUCCUCUUCUUGAGUUGGUCAAUUUUGCUUAUCCGGACUUAGUGGCGAACUUGGAAAGCGAUUCGUACUUCCAGGAAAGGGCGAUUCUCGCCCCUACACUCGAGAGCGUCGAGCACGUCAACAACUACAUCCUGUCAAAGCUUCCUGGUGUCGAGAGAGAGUACUUGAGCUACGAUACCCCGUGUAGGUCGGAUGAGGAUUCCGAGGUUCACGCGGGGUGGUUAACCUCUGAGUUUUUAAACGACGUUCAGUGCUCGGGAAUUCCAAACCACAGACUGAUAUUGAAAGAAGGGGUUCCGAUCAUGCUUCUACGAAACAUAGACCAAGCCGGCGGAAUCAUGCUGGGUAAAACUGAGUACAUUCUGAGGAUAACCUUAACGCCUUCUGACUCUGGUCUUCCAUUCAAGUUCUCUCGAAGGCAGUUUCUGGUGACUUUAUGCUUCGCGAUGACUAUAAACAAGAGUCAGGGCCAUUCCCUUUCUCAUGUCGGUUUGUACCUUCCGAUGCCUGUGUUUACUCAUGGACAGCUGUAUGUCGCUCUCUCAAGGGUGAAGUCUAGAAUAGGACUAAAGGUGCUCAUUGUGGACGAGCAAGGGGUGGUUUCCACCUCCACGCGCAAUGUUGUGUACAAAAAAGUUUUUGAGAACGUGUGA